GGUGACUGCUUUGAUAUGACUGUUGAAUGUGAGGUCUGUUCAGAACCCCAAAGAUUACACACUUGGUCCCUGUUUUUUAGGGCCUGAAGGGAAAGCUUAACCCUGUUCUGGACUUACGGGUUCUGUUCUGUGUAUUUAGUUGGACAUAAUGUUUCUCUUACAAUGUUGAUAUUGCCUACAAUUAGUCCUAUUAAUUAAAAUUGUAAACACAGCGUUUUGCACAUUAUAGAAGCCUGAAAUGUCCAAAAUGUAAUAAGUCAGUGGAAAAUGGGUCGUGCACAGGCGUUAUUGAUCUUUUAAUUCCCAUGGAUGGAAAUAUCAGUUUAUCAGAAAUGUAAGAACGAAGGGAGAACAGAAGAUUCCAAACCGUUUUGAUAGUUUACAAAUCAGGGUAUACCCACGUCUCCGGGCACCACCUCUCCUGUGCGUGUAUAUAUAUUGGGAUGAUGCGCUUUCAGAAGUCUUUUGAUGACAUCUGUAAAAGCAUCUUGGGGAAAAAUAACUCAAUCUCUAUUUUCAAAAUCCUCCUUCCCAACUUUGGUAAUUAAACAACACUAUUGUCAGAAAUAUAAUUUCAUCUAGUCUCAUUUUUGUCAACCAAAAGUAUUUGUCGUUUUUUCAGUCUGUUAUCGUUUCCUCAACUUCCAAUGAAAAAUGUAUAUUUAAAGAAUUUUUUCGUCACUGUUUUUGUUGACGGAAUGAACAGUCAUAAACACAUUAUCCAUUGCUCUCUAACAAUUCUAUUACCCUCUCCAAGAACCUAGCUAAGCAAAACUCUUAAUAAUGAUCUUGUCUACUUCUCAAAUUACUUACUAUUUUGUGUGACUCUCAAAUAAUAGCUAACCACAAUUAUUCUCUUGUAAGACUCUCAACUUACUGUUCUUUGACUCUCUUGACGAAUCCUUCUCUCUAAUUUCCAUUUGCCUGCGUGUCUCAAACCCCUACCGUCAACCCCCGAAGUGACCGGAUUUAAUUAUCCUUUUAUGCACCCAGUUUCAAAACGGCCAUUUUGAAAACGACACCUGUUCGGCCCGGUUGGAACAUGCAGGUGAUUUAGUGACGUCCGAAGCCUCGAACGUCAUUGGUCACGUGGUGUUGUAGUUCGAAACAGUGGAGUUCGGAAAACUGAACCGUGCUUCGUGUUCAUUCGUCCUAUCCCUGCUGUUUAGUGUAGAUUAACGAUUAGCCACGGAGUCGCCAAUUUCUGUAAAUCCCCCUAGCUUUAAAUAACAGAUAAACGGAGAACUAGCGCGGAACUGGUUCUCCGUCACCCUGUUUCCCUUGGAAUAACCAUUGAACGAAUCGUACACGGAUCGUUGAGGCACGCGUGGGAGUGGGAUACGGUUCUUGGAAAAGUGUAGAACUAUCGUUGCAGAUGGAGGACAAACCCAGCCUGCUGCUCUCCUUCCACACUGAGCCUAAAGAAGAGUCACUGGAUUCUUAUUGGGACAGUGGAGCUCAGUGUUCGUUGGUGGAUUCAGAGAUGAAAUCAGAGAAGCUGGAAGACUGCAGUCAAACACUGGGGGCAAAUUAUAUUAAAUAUGAAGAGGAGAAGAUGAUUGGGGAUUUAACUAAUCAAGAUGAGAUGGCUGAAGAUGAUCCAUUUCAUACACAUGGAGAGCAUAGACAGGAAGAUUACAAAGAUAAGAUGUCUGACCCCAGUCCCCAUUGCGGAAAACAUUUCCUAUCUAUAUCACUGCUAAAAAGACACAACCUACAUUCAGGAGAGAAGCCAUACUCCUGUUCUGAUUGUGGGAAGAGUUUCUCUUGUUUAGCCAGCCUUAAUAAUCACCAGCGCAUACACACUGGAGAGAAGCCAUACUCCUGUUCUGACUGUGGUAAUUGUUUCAUUUCAUCAUCUCACCUUACUAGUCAUCAACGAUUGCACACAGGAGAGAAGCCAUACUCUUGUUCUGACUGUGGGAAGAGUUUUUCUCAUGUAGGCAACCUUAAUAAUCACAAACGCAUACACACUGGAGAGAAGCCAUACUCCUGUUCUGACUGUGGGAAGAGUUUCACUUCAUCAUAUAGACUCAUUACACAUCAGAGAGUUCACACAGGAGAGAAGCCGUACCUCUGUUCUGACUGUGGGAAGGGUUUCUCUGAUUUUGGCAACCUUAAUAUUCACCAGCACAUUCACACUGGAGAGAAGCCAUUCUCCUGUUCUGACUGUGGGAAGGGUUUUGUUUCGUCGUAUAAACUAUCUUUACACCAAAGAGUUCACACGGGUGAAAAGCCAUACUCCUGUUCUGACUGUGGGAAGAGUUUCUCCCAACUCUGUAUCCUUAAAACCCACUUGCGCAUACACACUGGAGAGAAGCCAUACUCCUGCCCUGACUGUGGGAAGAGUUUUUCUAAUUCACGCAGCCUUAAUAUUCACCAGCGCAUACACACUGGAGAGAACGCUUAACACUGUUCUGACUGUGCGAGUUUCAUUUGGUUGUUUAAACGAACUAGUCAUUAAAGAUUGCUCCUCUUUUGACUGAGGGAAAUGUUUUAUUUCAUUAUAUUAACUAACUAGACAUCAGAUAAUGCACACUGGAGUGAAGUACUACUGUUCUGUCUGUGGGAAGGGUUUCUCAAUUAGGUUGCCUUUCAGUUCACCAGCGCAUAUAUACUGGAGAGAUGCCUUACUCCUGUUUUGACUGUGGGAGGGGUUUCUCUCAGUUAUGUAGCCUUAAAACACACCAGCGCAUACAUACUGGAGAGGUGCCUUACUCCUGUUUUGACUGUGGGAAGAGUUUCAAUCAUCUAAUUUCCCUCAAAAAACAUCAGAGGAUUCAUACAUGAGGAUAAGGCUACUUUUAAAUGUAGAAAGUGCUUUUGACAAUAACUUACCUUAUUGUCAAAAACUGAUAUAUAAUAUCUUAACUUAUGUACAUCCGAGCACUGAAGGACCUGAAAAAUAUGAAUUGUAGAUUCCUUUACUACCUAUUCAAUGAGUCUUCAUUUUUUAUUUUGUAGUGUAUCCAUUCAGAAGAACACUGCCGUUCAAGAGUUUGGGGUCACUUAGAAAUGUCCUUGUUUUCCAAGAAAACAUACAUUAAAUUAGUUUGAGUAGGAAAUAUAGCAAAAUGAAUAGGAUCUAUAGUAGGGCUGUCAAAAUUCCUCAAUAAUGACGUUAGAAUAUUCCCUCUAAAAAAGCUCACCUGGGGAGGUUUAAAACUUUUGAGUAAACUGGAAUGUAAAUAAAUCAAUUAUAUUGUGGACAUUUAUCUGUAGUGUUUGGAUUUCCCUUGUUCCCCAUGGUGUGAAUAUUCUAAUGUGCUUUUACUGUACAGGUUACAGAUUAAACUUCACCAGAUUGUAGAAUGUUUGUGUUGCCAGGCUGACAACAACAGGCAGCAACACCCAAGCCAUUAGAUAUUGGUUAAGUGGGAUAGAUCCUGUCCUUUGUGUUCAUUGUGUUUGCCAAGUUAAAGUAAUGCUAAUGAAUAUUUUGGGUGUGUUUGACAAAUUCCUGCUAUUUGGAUGCUAAUAGUAAUGUCUCAAACAGUUAUUGGAGUCUGUUCUGUGUAAUGAAUCCUCCUGACACAUCUUGUUUUAUUACAUUUAGGAAUAUAUUGUUAACAGAUAUUCUUAACAUGUGUUUUGCUAUUGUGUGUUUUAGAUACUUAUGGUAUACUUUGUAGAUGUUUAUACAAUUUAGGAGGACAUUGAAUAUUGCUGGUGUGUAACUAUGACAUGUAUUGUAACUUUAUUACU